UGCGCAGGCGCGAUCGCGUGAUCCUCCGACAUGUUGUCCCUGCGCGGCCAUGGCAGCAGUCCGGGCCCUGCUGGCGCCGAGGCUGGCGGCCUCCGCGCUCGCGCCGCGCGCCACCCUCCACGGCUCCGCGCCGCGCCCCGGGGCCAGGGUCGCGUUGGUGCUGUCCGGGUGCGGCGUCUACGACGGCACGGAGCUGCACGAGGCCUCCGCGGUGCUGGUUCACCUGAGCCGUGGUGGGGCUGAGGUCCAGAUCUUUGCUCCUGACAUCCCUCAGAUGCACGUAGUCGACCACGCCAAGGGGCAGCCUUCUGAGACUGAAACCAGGAACGUUCUGACUGAGUCAGCCAGGAUUGCCCGCGGCAAGAUCACUGACCUGGCCAAGCUCCGCACGGCCGACCACGACGCUGCCAUCUUCCCUGGAGGCUUUGGAGCCGCCAAGAACUUGAGCACAUUCGCUGUACACGGGAAAGACUGCACAGUCCACAGAGACGUGGAGCGCGUCCUGAAGGAGUUCCACCAGGCUGGGAAGCCCAUCGGCUUGUGCUGCAUCGCGCCCGUCCUUGCGGCCAAAGUACUUGGUGAUGUCGAGGUCACCGUGGGCCAUGAGCAGGAGGAAGACGGCAAGUGGCCCUAUGCUGGGACCGCGGAAGCCAUCAAAGCCUUGGGCGCCAAGCACUGUGUGAAGGAGGUGACCAUAUCCUUUCUGGCAUCUGGGGCCACUAGGUGGCGCUGGGGCAGCCCUCUGGCCCUCCAUGGCUGCCCUGGGCAGGCAGCCUCUUCAACCAGGAACUGCGCUACUGGGGGGCGCCUCGGGCUGUGGUGUGACCUCUGCCCAUCAGCCCCGUGGGUACUGGCUGAGCUCAGCACACUCCAGGCCCAGAGCUAAGCAGGGCCACCUGGCUGGCAAGGAGGAGGCCAGUUCUGUUGGCCAUGCCUGUACCCCCAGCUGUGUGGGGCACAUCCUGGGUUGAGCCGACCUCUGCUGUCACAGAGACAUGUUCUCAGGUUUCCAGAGGGAGGUGCCUGGCUGCAGCUACCCCCUGGUUAACGUGGGCUCUGGGCUGGUGCUUGCAGGCAUGGGUUGUGCUGUGUAGCACCCACCAUGAAACAUUUUGUGAGGACACCCUCUUGGCUGAGGUGGUGCAGGAACCAGGCCCAUGGUCUUUAGUCAGCACGGAGCAUAUGGAACCAGGUGCUGCUGGCCAGGACACUCCAGGAGAGUCCCUACCCUGAGGGGCACUGAGUAGGAAGGAGGGGUACUCUAGGGCAGCCCAGGAGCAGUGGCCAGGGUGGGUGUGUUGCCCGGACCCCUCUUGUCCUGCCCAAGCCACGUUUUUCCAUGACUUCCAUGCACGAAGCCCAUGUGGACCAGAAGAACAAGGUGGUCACGACCCCGGCCUUCAUGUGCGAGGCAGCACUGCAUCACGUCCAUGAGGGAAUCGGGGCCAUGGUGAAGAAGGUGCUGGAACUUGCCAGAAAGUGAUGCAGCGUGGUGCCAGGCGGCACUGGUGGCCUGCGUUCCAGUCUUGCUUGAAACAUGGCAGGACUUGACUUCUCUGCUUAAAUCUGUAGGCCUUUUCAGCUAAAGUGAGCCCGUGGCACAUUAGGGGCCAGGGCAGCUGGGUGUAAGAGAUGGUUCAUGGCCCCCUCAGCUUGACCUCCUUCCCAGAGAGCAGGGAGUGGCUGGCAUCUGCCCUCCACCUGUAGGGCCAUCUGUCUUGCAUGAACUGAGGGUGACAAGCCAGUCACAUUUUUCGUGGAGAGAGAUUCUGUGAUAGGUUUGACUUGCUUCGCAAUACUUGGAAGGAAAAUUUUUUUCUUAAGUUUGCAAAUUAAUAAAUCAGGAAACCAAAA